AUGGAGACAUAUAUACCCAUCGAUUUGACCACAGUAAAUCAAGACACGAACAAAGAGAAAAGCAACACAAAACCAAGACUUUUAAAAUAUGAAAAGCAAAAAUGCAAAGAUCUCACACCAUCAGAGAAUCAACCAGCUAAAACAGCAGAAAAGGAAACACUGAAAUAUAAAACAUUUAGAACAUUGUCUGUAUCCUUGAAGUCAGAAAAAACGGAAGAUUACCUUCCAGAAAGUAGGACUCAACAGGAUGUACUUGCUCCAGAACCAGUUCCCCAUAAGAAGAAAGAGAAACCAAAGGAAAAAAAGGAUCAAACUCACGCUUGUCCAAAAGUGAGGAAGAAAAGGCUUGUGUCAUUUGAUAGAACGGAACCAAAAGAUGAUGAUGUGAUAAGACAUAUUAUUAGACUAAGAGAAAAGUUGGGUUGGCAAACGAUAUUACCGCAGCACAAUUUGGAAUAUGAAAGUUCUAAAACUGCAAUUCAGAAGAUUAUUCUAAAGGAACCUUUGCAAGAUGAUGGAGAAUUUGUAUAUUGCCUUCCUCGGAAAAAUCCUAAAGUCCUUUAUAAUCCAUAUGAUCUUCAGGUAGUCUCUGCCUACAGAGCUAGACAUUGCAAAGAAUUUUGGAUUAUUACUGCUUCAUUUGUCUCAAAGGUUAUUAAAAUAGGUGAUGUAGAAGAAAUAGAACUUGUACCUACUUUGGAAUGGCUAUUAGAAAGAAGAUGUUACUAUUUAUUACAGCCAUUCAAGAUAUUUUACAAUUUUCGACUUAAUAAAUCGUUUGUUACUUGGAAAUUGAAUGUUAAAAGAAUUAAGACAGAGAAGAGCAGGUCAUUUUUGUCCCGCCAUCUUUUUGGGGCUGAUGAGUUAUUUCAAGGCUGUUUGCUUUAUAUAAAGGGACUUUGUGAAGAUGCGGUUAGUCUCAAAAAAGGUAAUGAACAGGAAGAUAAUCCAUCUGCCAUAUGCCUUGUAAAGCUGGAUGGGUCUCGAACAUAUUCUCUAGAUGAAUUUUGCGAAGAACAGUUACAGCAAGCUAUGCAGGCGUUGAAACAACUUGAGAAUAUCAGGGGUAAAGUUAUUUCAGAAAUAAAAAGUACAGUUUUAAAGGUGGCAGAAAAGAAAGACCUUAAAGAAUAUUUUGAGUCAAACCUCUCUGAAGAUGACACAGAAUAUUUCAAGCUGCCUAAAUAUCGAGAUUUAUUAGAAACAAUUUUGAGAUUUCUGAUGCUGGUUGACUACAUAUUUCAGGAACUCAUCCGUCAAUUAAUGAACACUGCAGUCACACUACUUUUGGAAUUAUUUAAUAAUUCUGCUAGAAUGCCAUUUUCCAUGGAAAAAAAGAAUGAAAAUCUCAUCAAAAUACAUGAGGACAUCUUUGCUUACACUGGAAAGAUAACAAAUGAUUGUGACAAACUUGUUAAUAAUUCAAACUUACAUGCUACUUCUGUUCCAAAGUCAGAAGUAAAAACAGAAGCUGAUAUUAAUGAGAUUUUGAAUAGCAUUAAAGUGGCUAAGGAUUUGAGAAAAAUCUAUGCACCAAUAUUUGAAGUAAAUCUACACUUGAGAAUUCCUGCUGAGAGUGAUUCUUCAGAAAAUUCUAAAGAGAACCUUCAUGAGUCUGGAAAGUGCUCUGAAAAAUCUGUGAUGCGUGAAGAAGAUGAAAUAUCAGAAAAUGAAGUCAACUCUGUCGUAAAACACUCAAGUGAAGAACUGCUCCCAAUAAUGAAAAAACCAAAAAAAGUUAGUUACAACCUUGAAGAAAUUCUGUCAGAUGUAGAAAUCGCGACUGAGUUUGAGAAUAAAUACAUGGAUGAUGAAUUUUUAGAAUUCCCUACAAAUCUCUUUAUAGUUCCUAAUAGAUUGGAAUUUUCAAUAAAAAUUCAAAAAAUGGUGACUGACAUUGAAACAUGUAUAACUAAAAUUAUUCCUCUAUGCCAAGAUCCCCGCCUGUCUAUCUUUACCGAUUUGGUUUUAAUUACGGAUUUACCUCAUAAGACAGAAAAUGUGAUAGGCUAUAAGAGGCAAACCAGAUGGCCAGAUUGUCAGACCCUUUUUGAAAUGGAUCCUGCCUACCAAAAUAAAAUUGUGAGUCUCCUGACUAUUAUUGGUAACGCAAUGGGCCUAGUUAAUGUUUAUAGCUCCAAAUUUACGAAAUAUUUUACCAUGCUAGAGAAGGCCAAAAUCAUGAGUAUGAAAAUAUCGUCAAUAGGAGAAUUAACUUCAACACAGUUUAAAACUAUCCUAGCUAAAUUCAGAAACUAUCUUAGACAUAUUGUUAAUAUGACCAUUGAGAAGCGCAUUGGUAUUUUCAAUGUUAUAAGUCGUGAUUAUCAGUCAGAAUGCUUACCAUAUGUUGAGAAUAUCCUACAUAUGAGCCACGACCUCUUGCAAUCUGUAAUUGAGAAAAGGAAUGCAAAUCUGUUGGAAGUUGUAGAAUCAUCAUUGCAAAAGCUGGAAUGUGAUGCCACUGAAAUAGAAGAAUUUGUAGAAUAUUUUAAUUUUUUGAAUGAGAUUUCCUCAAACAUAUCUAAAUUUGAAAAAGAGUGCUCCACGAUCACUCAGCUGUAUUCUGUUGUAAGGUCUUACCAGAUCCAUAUUUCAGAAGAGCAAGUUGCCAUAUAUAAAAUCCUUCUUAUCAAGUUUGGUCAACUAAAAGUUUCCAUGAAGUUAAGUGAAACAAACAAAGACGCUACUAUUGCUAAAUUCAGAGACAAUCUGGAAACGUGUAUCACUGGUCUGCGGGGUGACCUUACUAAUUUAAAAGCCAAAAUACGAGCUCCUGUUCUGUUAUCUGCUGGUACACAAGUGUCGACCGCAAUGGAAAUGAUCCGGACUCUCACAGAGGAAACCGCAAGUUUAGCUAACAAAGCUAAAACAUAUUCAAGCUAUGAGGAUUAUUUCAAUGGUGCCCAAUCUCAAAUGCAUUCUCUCAAUAUGGAAGAGAGUACACAGAUUGUGCUGUCUGAGAUCUCUGACAUUGAAUACGACUUAACCUUGAGGAAACUAUUAUGGGAUGCACGAGAAGAGUGGGGAACACUCUUUCGGGAAUGGAGGAAUAGUACUCUUCACAGUAUUGAUGUAGAAUCAGUACACAGAAAUGUUUCAAAAUGGAUGCAUAUAAUCUUUAUACUAGAAAAAGGUUUACCUAAAAAUGACAUGUUGACACAUCUUAAGCAAUCAGUGACAGAUUUUAAACAAGAACUGCCUAUCAUCAUAGCUCUGGGAAACCCCUGUCUCAAGCCAAGGCACUGGGAGGCCCUCCAGGAGAUUACUGGAAAGUCAGUUUCUCUUGAUAAAAACUGUACAGUAGAGCAUCUUCUAGCGCUCAAGAUGUUUCAGUACGAAGAUGAAAUCAACGGAAUAUCAACCUCAGCAACUAAUGAAGCUGCUCUUGAAAAUACGCUAUCUAAGAUUGUUGACCUUUGGAACACUACUCCUUUACAUUUAGUUCUUCAUCAAACAGAGACUUACUCUACCCUAAUAAUUUCAUCUACAGAUGACAUAUUAGCUCAGUUAGAAGAGUCUCAGAUCGUAUUUGCAACAAUUAAAGGAUCUUCCUAUCUUGGGCCCAUUAAGGAUCUUGUGGAUAAAUGGCAUAAAAACUUGACUCUCUUCUCUUACACUCUUGAAGAAUGGAUGAAUUGUCAAAGAAAUUGGCUUUAUCUUGAACCAAUUUUUCAUUCUUUAGAAAUACAAAGGCAGCUCCCAGCAGAAGCAAAACUCUUCUCUCAAGUGAUUUCCAUGUGGAAAGAAAUAAUGUUAAAAGUACAAAACAAACUGGAUGUUUUGCAAAUAACCACCUCUGCGAGAGUCCUUGAAAUUCUGCAAAAUUGUAAUACAUAUCUUGACUACAUAAAGAAAAGUCUUGAGGACUACCUUGAAAUUAAAAGAAUGAUUUUCCCAAGAUUUUACUUUCUUAGCAAUGCUGAACUUCUUGAUAUUCUAGCUAAUAGCAGAAACACGGAGUCUGUACAGCCUCAUCUUAUGAAAUGUUUUGAAAAUAUAAAACAAUUAUUGAUAUGGAAACAAGACAUUGGCCCUCCCGCUGUGAUAAUGCUCAUAUCUGCUGAAGGAGAAGCCCUUGUGCUGCCCAAGAAAAUUCGUAUAAGAAAUGCUGUAGAACAGUGGCUGGUAAAUGUAGAGAAAAGCAUGUUUGAUGUGCUAAAAAAAUUUAUAAGUCAAGGGGUUGAAGACUGGAACUACCAAAGUUUUCCCGUGUGGGUGGUAUCUCAUCCAGGACAAGUGGUCCUCACUGUGAGCCAGAUCAUGUUUGAUAAUGACUGUAUCACAAGUUUUGUGAGUACUCAUUCAGGAGAAGAGCUGGAGAAAGUCCACACUGAUCUGAUACACCGUCUAGAAGAGGUUGCAGAGCUGGUAGUGCUGGAUACCAGCAACUCCCGGACAAGAGUGGUACUCGGGGCCUUGCUUACCCUUUAUGUUCACUGCAGAGAUAGAGUGAGAGAUUUACUAGUUAAAAAUAUCUUCAGUGCAGAGGAUUUUGAGUGGAAAAGACAUUUGCAAUACAAAUGGAAUGAAAAACAAAAGUUGUGCUAUGUAUCUCAAGGAGAUGCCAGCUUUACUUAUGGCUACGAGUACUUGGGGUGUACCGCAAGAUUGGUUAUUACACCUCUCACUGACAGAUGCUGGCUCACUCUCACUGGAGCACUACAGUUGAAUCUAGGAGGCUGCCUUGCUGGUCCAGCUGGGAUGGGAAAAACCGAGAGUGUCAAAGAUCUAGCAAAAUCCUUAGGCAAACAUUGUGUGGUCUUCAACUGUUUUGAGGAUUUGGAUUAUAAGAUAAUGGGAAAAUUCUUCUUUGGACUAGUUCAGUCUGGAGCGUGGUGUUGUUUCGAUGAAGUGAAUCGAAUUGAUGCGGAAGUUCUCUCUCUGAUUGCCUCACAGAUUCUAUCAGUUAAAGCUGCGAAAGACAGCUAUUCAGUCAGGUUUGUACUGGAAGGAAAAGAAGUUCGUAUCAAUAUGUCUUGUGCAGUAUUUGCCACCAUGAAUCCUGGAUACAAGGAUCGAGUAGAACUCCCAGAUAACUUAAAAUCUCUAUUUCGCCCAGUGGCAAUGAUCUCUCCCCAUUAUCGGAUGAUUGCUGAAAUAACGCUGUUUUCAGUUGGUUUCAAAUCUGCAAAAUCAUUCUCUGGAAAGCUAGUUAACCUUUUCGAAUUAGCUAGCAAACAGCUCUCACAACAGGAUCAUUAUGAUUUUGGCCUGAGGUCUCUGAAGACAAUUUUAAUGAUGGCUGGAAAGAAGAAACUGGAGUUUAAAAGUAACACCAGUGACAAUCUUUCUGAAACAGAUGAAACUCUGAUCAUUAUUGAGGCUGUGAGAGAAGUUAGUUUAUCGAAGUUUCUUCCUGAAGAUGUCACACUUUUUGAAAAGAUCAUAGGAGAUAUUUUUCCUGGAGCAACAGUUUCAAAAGUAAAUCAGGUUGCCUUGGAGAAAGUAAUAUCUACUGCAGCACAACAACUGGGCUUACAACAAUGGCCAGCUCAGAAAGAGAAAAUCAUACAGUUUCAUAACCAACUGCAGGCUUAUGUUGGUGUGAUGUUAGUGGGCCCAACAGGUGGAGGAAAGACAACAGUUAGAAGAAUUUUAGAAAGAACAUUAAUACUAUUACCUGCUGAAGAUUUCUUACCAGUUGGAAAAAGGGAAUCUCUUUCACAGAUUCCAGGAAGAAAAGGAAAAGUAGAUAUUUGUGUUUUAAAUCCAAAGUGUAUCACUCUGAAUGAACUAUAUGGACACCUGGAUCCUAAUACUAUGGAAUGGACUGAUGGAUUAUUAUCAGCAACAAUUCGAAAUUAUGUAUGCUUUAACACUACAAGAUACUCAAAGAAAGACAAUGAUCUCGGACUAAAGUCAAGAAUCUCAGAUUUGUCUAAUGUUUUUAAACUUAACUCCUCUGAUACAGCAGAUGUUGAUGAUAAUAAUUUUGAGAAGGAGAUGGAAAAAGAUGUUAAAACUCCAGAAAGUCAGAACAUCGAUUGGCAGUGGAUUAUUUUAGAUGGUCCAGUGGAUACCUUUUGGGUAGAAAAUCUAAAUUCUAUGCUAGAUGACACUAGAAUGUUGUGCCUAGCAAACAGUGAGAGAAUACCUUUAACUAAUAAAAUAAGAGUGAUUUUUGAAGUUGACGGUCUCUCUCAGGCCAGUCCUGCUAUUGUCAGCCGAUGUGCAGUGGUGUAUAUGGAUCCUGUUGAUCUGGGAUGGGAACCUUAUGUUAAGUCAUGGCUUUUGAAAACUUCAAAAAUUAUGAGUCAAUCAGGAGUGGAUUUUCUUGAAUUCAUGAUUAAAAAUAGUGUCACAAAUGGACUACAGUUUAUAAAGAAGCAUCAGAAAUUUCAGCCAUUUCCUGUACAAGACAUAACAAUUGUUAUAACUCUCUGCAGAAUUCUUGAUGCUUUCUUUGAAUUCAUGGAUAAAAAUGGAGGCUUUGGACAACGCGAAGAUUCGAAGGAUAUUUCAGCUGAGGAGACAGAUUCUCCACAUUCAGAAGUUUCUGCCAAAUUCACAAAUACAGAGAAGAGGUCAGUUACAUUCACUCAACAGACGUGUUUUGGGACUCGCUAUUUUAACCUUCACCUUUCCACACAUAUGUGUCCCAGCGCUGAAAAUACAUGGUAUGUGGAGAAAAAUCCUGAUAAAUUAAAAACAAUGAUUCAAAAGCUUUUCGUGUUUGCAUUUACUUGGGCAUUUGGAGGAACUUUAAAACGUGAAGAUGAACACGAAGAUGAUGUACUGUUGUAUUCAAAUCUUGAACCUGAUUCUCUUGCAAGAGUAACCUAUGAUUUUGACAACCUUGUUCAUGAAUUAUUUGAAAGCAAUUCACAAGUAGCCAUCAACCUACCAACUGGUGAACGUUCUAUCUUUGGGUAUUUUGUGGAUAUACAGCAAUGUGAAUUCAUGCCAUGGUCAGAAUUACUUCCCAGUACUCAGACACUAAUUCAAAGAGGAACUUCAAUACUAGCCGAUCCUCAAGGAUCAGAUGAAAACCUCUUGAAGAUACCAGAAUAUGGAGAGAACAUUAAUCAUACUGCUACCAGAGACACAACGUGCCUUUCUUUUCUCAUGAGCCUCCUUUUAAAGAAUUCCUGCCCUGUACUUCUCACAGGAGACUCUGGUGUUGGGAAAACCACUGCCAUUAAUCAAAUGCUUGAAAAGUUGGAGGGCUCAGGAGCAUUCGAUGUGAAAUACGGGUCAAUUUUAGGAGAAAUUCUAUUAUACAAUGAAAUUAAAAAAUCAAGGUUACUGAAACAGAAUAUCAGCAUCUUGUUUUCUGAAAAUCAAAAGACAGCAACCACAAGUCUAGAUAAGACUACUAAAAAGCCAGAAGUUAGAACUGAUGAAAGUUCAUUUAAAAAUAAUAGUAAAGGAAUUACAAUCUCUACAAUAAAUUUUAGCAUCAGUAUGACAGCUGCCAAAGCCAAGGAGCUGAUCCUUAAAAAGUUAGUAAGAAGAACUAAAGACACUCUUGGAGCACCAAAAAACAACAAGAUUGUAAUAUUUAUUGAUGAUCUGAAUAUCCCAGAAUCAGAUAUGUAUGGAGCACAGCCACCCCUGGAAUUAAUCAGACAAUUAUUCGAUUUGGGAGGAGUUUAUGAUACUAAAAAAAUUGCAUGGAAGAAUAUUCAAGAUUUCUCUCUAGUUGCAGCUUGUGUUCCUCCAGUUGGGAGGAGAAAUAUUAGCCCACGUCUCCUCAAACAUUUUUCCAUUCUCGUCUUGCCUCACCCUCCACAAAGUGCCUUACAUACUAUUUUCCAGGCUCAUUUGGGAAUGUAUUUCUCCGUUAAUAACUUCACAUCCGAUGUUCAGAAAAGUAGAGAUCAAAUAACAUCUUGUUCUCUAGCUGUAUACUAUCAAGUACGUGAGAGUAUGUUACCAACUCCAACGAAAUGUCACUACAUGUUUAAUCUUCGAGAUAUGUUUAAGCUUCUCCUAGGAUUGCUGCAAGCUGACAAGGCUGUUAUUAACUCCAAAGAGAUGGCUGCUCUGUACUUUGUUCAUGAAGCCACCCGAGUGUUUCAUGAUCGCUUAAUUGAACGUACUGAAAAAGGGCUUUUCUAUCAGUUUCUUUCAAAGGAAAUUGAGAAUUAUUUUCAGAUUCAAUGGACCAAAGAAAAAUUGAUGAGUGACUCAACUGUAUUCGUGGAUUUCUUGGAUAUAAACAAGUCUCAUAGGAAAAAGAUCUAUCAGAAUACCGAUGACUAUAAUAAACUUGCCAGUGUACUUAAUGAAUUCCAAAUGAAGUUGAGUUCAACAUCUUUGGAGAUUUCUCACUCCAUGGUGUUCUUCAAGGAAGCCAUAGAACACAUCACAAGAGCUACAAGGGUCCUUCGACAACCAGGGAGUCACAUGUUACUGAUUGGAAUAGAUGGAUGUGGAAAAGAAACUUGUGCAACCUUGGCCUGUUAUUUGACAGAACACAAACUGUAUCGAGUUCCUACGUCCCACAAUUACGCCUACACGGAAUUCAAAGAAGACUUUAAAAAGGUGUUUAUUCAAGCAGGAUUAGAAGGGAACCCCACUCUUCUGAUAGUAAUGAAUUUAAACCCAGAUCAGGAGUCAUUUUUGGAAGAUUUGAAUGGCAUUCUCAAUUUAGGAAAAAUGCCUGACUUGUUUGAAAAUGAGGAGCUGGAUUCUAUUGCACUAAGGAUUAGAUCUCUGGCUGAACAUUCUGGGUAUAUUGAUAAUAGGCAAUCUUUACUUUCGUUCUUCCAAAAGAGAAUAUAUAAAAAUCUUCAUAUUUUUAUGACCAUGAGUCCUGCAGGACCUAACUUCCGCCAAAACUGUAGAGUCUAUUCUUCUAUGAUUAGUGCCUGCACAAUCGACUGGUAUGAGAAGUGGCCAGAAGAAGCUCUUCUUACGGUAGCCAACUCUUUCUUAAAAGAAAAGGUGGAUUUAGAGAACAGAGAGAACUUAAACGAAAAACUUGCCCCAACAUGCGUCCAAAUCCACAAAAGUAUAAAAGACUUGAGUGCAAAAUACUUUCAAAACACUAGAAGGCAUUAUUCUGUCACUCCCAGUAGCUACUUGCGAUUCAUGGAUACAUUUGCACACAUUUUGAGGUCACGAGAGGAGGAAAUGAAAACAAAGAGGAAUCGUUUCCAUCUGGGUCUAUCCAAGAUCCUGGAAGCAACUGCUCUAGUUACAGAUAUGCAGGAGGAGCUCUUGAUUCUUGGCCCUCAAAUAGAACAAAAAACAAAGGAAAAAGAAAUCCUAAUGGAAAAAUUACAGAAAGUUUCACAAGUGGUUGAGAAAGUUCAGAUGCUUGUGAAACAGGAUGAAGAAAUUAUGGCAGAAGAAGUAAGAAUUGUAGAAGAUUAUGCUCAGAAAACUGCCAAUGAACUAAAAAGUGUACUGCCAGCUGUAGACAAGGCAAUUGCGGCUCUGAAUGCCUUGGAUAAAGCUGAUGUUGCUGAAUUAAGAGUAUACGCACGGCCUCCCUUCCUGGUACUGACUGUCAUGAAUGCAGUUUGUAUUCUUCUGCAAAAGAAACCUAACUGGGCUACAGCAAAGUUACUUCUUUCAGAAACUGGUUUCCUAAAAAAAUUGAUUAACCUUGAUAAGGACAGCAUACCUGAGAAGGUUUUCAUGAAGCUGAAAAGAAUUUUAGCCUUACAUGAUUUCAAUCCAAACAAGGUUGCCCUAGUUUCUGUUGCUUGUUGCUCUAUGUGCCAGUGGGUUAUAGCUUUGAAUAACUACCAUGAAGUACAGAAGGUGGUAGGCCCUAAACAAAUCCAAGUAACUGAAGCUCAAAACGUCCUAAAAAUUGCACGACAAAGGUUGGCCGAAAAACAAAGAGGUUUACAGCUGAUUGAAGAACAUCUGCUGUAUUUGCAGGCAGCCUACAAAGAUACUGUUGCUGAAAAAGAAAUAUUAGCAAAUCGAAGACAACUGGCCACCAGGCGCUUGCAGUGCGCAUCUAUCUUACUAACUGCACUGGAAGAUGAAAAGACUCAAUGGCAAGAAACAAUCAAUCAAAUAGAUAGCAAGUUGGAAGGAAUUUUGGGUGACAUACUUAUUUCAGCAGCGUGCAUUGUCUACAGUGGAAUGUUAACAGCAGAAUUUCGCCAGUUGGUUGUGAAUAAAUGGGAGAAUCUUUGCACUGAAAACAAUAUUUCUUUGUCUUCUAACUUUUCUUUAAUUGAAGUCAUGGCACAAAAACAUGAGAUCCGCCGAUGGCAUUAUCAGGGGCUACCUCCCGAUCAGUAUUCUACAGAGAGUGCCAUCUUGAUCAAGAACAGCCUGCAGUGGCCACUGCUGAUUGACCCACACAAGCAAGCACGCCCUUGGAUCCGUCAGAUGGAAGGAUCUAGGCUGCAGGAGCUCUCCAUUGAAGACAGCAAUUACAUCCAAAAAAUGGAAAAUGCUGUGAAAACAGGGGGGAGUAUCCUCUUGCAGAAUCUCCCCGAAACAUUAGCUCCCAGUUUAAAGGCAAUUUUGAAGAAGGAUAUCUAUCAGAAAAGAGGACAAUAUUUCCUAAGGGUUGAUGAUUCUGAGAUCGAAUACAAUUCCAGAUUUAGGUUAUACAUAUGUACAGAAAUAGACAACCCUCCUUUUCCUCCAUCAGUUUGUAACUGUGUUACUAUGAUCAACUUCAUGGUAACUUUCCAAGGUUUGCAAGAUCAACUCUUAUCUACUGUAUUAACUCACGAAGUUCCUCAUUUAGAAAGUCAACAUUUCCACUUAUUGGAGAGUAUUUCCCUUGAUGCUAUGACUCUUGAAGAACUGGAGGAAAAAACAUUAAGUUUACUGCAGAACGCACAAGAAUGUAUAUUAGAUGAUGAAGAAAUUGUAGACAUCUUAAGAAAAUCCAAAAUGACUUCAAAUGAAAUUUCGAAGCGCAUCAAAGCAACAGAAACAGCAGAAAGCGAAAUUCAAGCAACACGUCAAAACUAUCUCCCCAUUGCCACUCGAGGUGCGCUGCUCUACUUUCUAGUGGCUGGUCUUACACAAAUCAAUUACAUGUACCAGUUCUCCCUAGACUGGUUUCGUCAAGUUUUUGUUUCAUCAGUUGUUUCCAAAAGCAAAGAACAAGAACGCAGUUUGAAAAGGGAGAAAAUGUCUCUGAAAAAAGUUCAUGAAAUUACAAAUCCCUCAGAAGAAUCUAAGUUAGACAGUGAGAAAAAUCCCUUAGAGAGGCAUCUUAAAAAUUCAAUAGAUGUGUUAACAAGAAAUAUUUUUAAGGUGGUCUCCUCAGCCCUAUUUAAUCAACAUAAACUUUGCUUCUCCUUUUGGCUUUGCACUACAAUCAUGCAAAAUAAUGCUAAUGGAAAUCUAAUGCAGGAUGACAUUGGAUCCCUACCAAAUGAAGAAUGGGACAUCUUCUUAUAUUCUAGCAUAUUGAUAAACAUUAAGGGUGUAAUGCCCCAGCCUAGACUUAGUGGCAUAUAUGAAAUCUGUAGAAAUCGACAUCUUCAGUGGUUGUCGGAUUCCAGGUGGAAGGAGUGCCAAUAUGUCAGUGGUGAACUAGCAUCAUUUUCUCUUCUAUGCAAAUCCCUUUUAUCAAAUGUAUCACAAUGGAAUGCUUUUAAUAACAGUAAGGAUGUAUAUUUUCUGAUGAGCAUACCUUUCUCUUCAGAAAACACUUCAUUGGAAAAAAGUAAGAAAUCACCAGAGGAAACUGCACUUUUGAAUGAAAGUGAAGAAAUUGACAGUCCCAUCAAUUUUCCCUGGGAGAAACUCACUCCAUUUCAAAGACUUAUUUUGAUAAAAAUUCUUAGACCAGAAUGUUUAAAGAAUUCAGUGAGAAACUUUAUAACUGAAAAACUGGGAAAUGAAUAUAUUUGCAGAACUGGACUUAAUUUGAAAGAAUUAUAUGAAGAAUCCAAUGCCAGUACUCCACUGAUGCUUAUUCACUCCAACGGGAUUGACCUCACCGAUACUCUCCUGAAAUUUGCACAAGAGCUAAAAGGAACAACACGUCACGUGGCCAUGAUUUCCUUGGGUCACGGCCAGGCAGCUAAAGCAGAAGACCUCGUUGUGAAGGCCCUAACCAAAACAGAACAAUGGGUCUUCCUCCAGAACUGCCAUCUGGCAGCGUCAUUUAUGCCAAGGCUUUGCGCUAUUGUAGAAUUAUUUAGUAGUCCAGAUGUGACAAUAGAUCCUGGGUUUAGGCUCUGGUUAAGCUCAAAAUCAGACAGUUCUUUCCCAAUUCCUAUUCUUCAAAAGAGUUUAAAGAUUGCCGUGGAAAACCCCCAGGGAUUGAAAAGUAACUUACUUCAGACCUUCGGAUAUACCGGGAGUGGAGAGGUGACAGAAGAGCUAUUUGAACAGCCUGACUGCAGACCAUGGUGGAAAAAACUUUUAUUCAGCUUAUGUUUUUUCAAUGCUCUGAUCAAUGAAAGAAAAAACUAUGGCAUAUUCGGCUGGAAUAUUGCUUAUAAAUUUGGUUCUUCAGACUUGGAGGUUGCCAUAAAGGUGUUGAAAAAUGUCCUGGACGCACAGUCUGAUAUCCCGUGGCCGACACUGCGCUACCUGUUGGGGGAAGUGAUCUACGGUGGCCGGGUGGCUGACAAGUGGGACAGGCGAUGUUUGAACACCCUGCUCUACAAAUUUUGUAAUCCUGAAGUGCUGAGAGAGGACUUCAGUUUCUCUAGUAAUGAGGUAUGUCAGCCAGUGACAGAAUCUGCCAGCAUAAGGGAUUACAUACACAUUAUCCAGUCCUUACCUGAGGAGGACCCUCCUGAGCUCUUAGGAUUGCACCCUGAGGCCACAAGGGCCUGCCGGGAGGUCCAGGGCCAGAAGUUCAUCGACAGUCUCAUUGCCAUGCAACCAAGAACUACCACUACCAACCUCGUGAUCAGUCAUGAGCAGAAUAAUGAUGAACUGGUGAUGGAAAUUCUAUCUGACAUGCUAAAGCGGCUGCCACUGUCUGUGGAGAAAGAAGAAUGUGCUGGAACUCCAAGCACACUGAAGUGCAUCAUGUCAAGCCCCACGUGGGAGUCUCUUUAUAAAGGUCUCAAAGGCCAUGAUUCCCCUAGCCAUUGCGCCAUGCUAACCUUUUUGAGUCAAGAAAUUGAACGAUUUGAUAAGUUACUAUUUAUUAUACAUAAAUCCCUGCAAGAUCUUCAACUUGCUAUAAAAGGGGAGAUCAUCCUCACCCAAGAAUUGGAGGAAAUAUAUGACUCUUUUCUUAAUUCGAGAGUGCCUACAUUGUGGCAGAAACACGCCUACAAGUCAUGUAAGCCCCUGAGUUCCUGGGUUAAUGAUCUCAUCCAGCGACUGAAUUUCUUCAACACCUGGGCCAAAAUGGCUUACACUGCAAUACAUCGUCGGUAUAUGAAAUUUAUCUCAGCUUGGAAGCACAAUAUUCCAUCAUCUGGCCAAAAACCCAAACUCCCUGCUGAUCAGAAGAGUGAUUUCCUUGAAGGAUUUCCUGCAAGAUACUGGCUCCCAGCUUUCUUCUUUCCACAAGCUUUUCUUACAGCUGUGCUUCAAGACUAUGGAAGGUCCCAAGGAAUCUCUAUAGACGCCCUCACCUUUACCCACCACGUGAUCUCUGACACCACUGAUGUUGAAGACAAGGAGUUCUCCAUAGUCAUCCAGAAGAAACUCAACAUGGUCAAGAGAGCCUUUAAGGGCACAGACCCCACACACACUGGAGUCCACAUUUUUGGUUUAUUCAUCGAGGGGGCAAGGUGGAAUCACGAAGAAAAAAUCCUAGAAGACUCACUGCCUCGUGAGACAUGUUGUGAUUUUCCUGAAAUAUACUUCUUGCCAACAAAGAUUUCUACUGAAAGACCAGAUGCUGCUAACCAGACAGACACAGAACUCUAUACUUUUGAGUGCCCCGUUUAUCAGACACCGGAGAGGUCAAGAAUUUUGACAGCUACUGGCUCACCCUCCAACUUUUUAACCUCGGUGUAUUUAUCCACGAAGAAACCUCCCAGUCACUGGAUCGCAAUGCAGGUGGCGCUGCUGUGUGAGGAGAACGAAAAAUAAACUU